UCCCUCUUCUCUCACGGGCUAGGGUUUGGUAGGUUCUUGAUUUGUAUGCCUGGAUGUCCGGAUCCAAAUCUUGAUUCGUGAUUCGCAUGCCUGGAAGGCCGGAUCCGGUUCUUGAUUCAUGAUUACCAUGCUCGGAUGGCUUUUUAGUCAUGAGGUAACUGCUUGCUCGUGUCCUGCAUCAGCUCUGCGGCAAAGUUCAUCUCGCUCUUCACCGGCGCUACCUACACAAUAAUGGAUUCAGAUGGGCCAGAGCGCAAACAUGCAUCGAGACAGCAUCUGAUCCAAAGUUUACAACAUGCACAAGAGCUUUCCGAGAUUAGUAGGAUAUUUUACUCCUCCAGAUAGUAGCUAUGAUGGACGCGAUAAAUUUUACUCCUCUCCAGUGUAUCAUGAUAGCUUGGUUUCGUUUUUUUUUAGCCGGUAGAUCGUGGUGUGCAAGCUACCAUGUUGGACUGCGGAUUAAGUCUGUAGCUAUUUUUUGCAUUUAGUCAGCUUGCACAACUGUUGUAUGCAUGUCUGAUUGUAAACAUGAAUGGCAAUACUCCUGCUCAUCCCUCCACUAAAGGAUUGAUUAAAUUUUAACAAAGCAUUGCAUCCAUGUUCUGGAAUGCACGCAAUUCAGUUUCCCUUGAUGCAUGGAGCAAGCUACUAUGAAAAAUAAUACCUGAAUUCCUUACAAAGUGGUGUAUUCACCAAUCUUAUUACAUGCACUCCAUAUUCUGCAUACUGCAACGUUGUUGCCUCAUUACAUGGAGAUGACACAUGUGCAGAAUUAAAUUUUGUUGCCCCUGAGAGUCACAUAGGAUUAGUGUAAUCGCAUUGACAUUUAUUGCAAUUUAGGUAGGACAAACCAGAAUAAAGAUGAAAUUUGUAUGUUCUGCCAAUAUAGAAAUAAAUUACCUCUCUGUGUACCAUAGAAAAUAGAAUGCUCUGCUUGCUUCUUAUCUAACUCCAUUAACAGCUUAAGGGAAAGGAUAAUACUAUAGCUCCUAGCGUGAAGGAUAUCAUGAGCAUCCAAACAAGCUAGAAAUGGUUGACUUAAUUGUAUAACGAAGUGGUUAUUUCAAUGGUAUAGCUGCCGGUGGUCUUUCUGUAUAGUGCCUUUGAUACUUGCUGUUCCUUACCAUGUUUAUUGAAGCUAGCAGAAAUAGAUUCCUGGCAUAAAUAACCAAAGCUCCACCAAUCAAGUUCUGCAAUGUCUGCAUGUUUUUUAGAGGCACAGCAUGAACCAGUGUCCUUAUUAUCACUCUCCAUUUUAUUCUGUUUACUUAUUGCUUAUACUGAAUGGACACUGCUAUAUAUCUGACAUGAACUCUUGACAGUGACAAACAAACAAUGUGCUUUGUUUUCUGAAGAUACAUGGUUUCAGCACUGCACAUCUUCUCAUAUUUCUGGAGCUUUAACCCCUCUUGCAGGUUACUGGACGAAGACAUAGAGCCAGACCUUUGACAUUCAAGAUGGAAUCAAGUGAUGCAUGGGGUUACUCGGGCAAAUUCUGGUAAUCCUCAAUGCUUUCUUUAUAGUUUGGACAAUUGGACUCAAGAACCAGCUGUGCGGCCAGAUAAUUGGAUCUGAUUGAUGCAGUUAAGUCCAGGUAAUGCAUAUACAUUUUUGGUGUUCAUGUCCAGAGAAGUAGUUUGUUUCAGAAACUGAUUGAACGAUGCUAGAUAUUAUUUGGAAUAUAAGAACGGUGGUGGAAUCUCUGCAUUGAUUUUGUAGGGAUUGCAUUGAUAAAUCCAUGCGGCUUGGGUAUGUUCCUAGAUAUUAUCUGUUGAGACUGGAAGUACAUUGAUGUUGGUCAGCUCUCCAUCACAAGCAAAAACAUGCAAAGAUAGCAGGCACAAGCUUGUUGCUGGUUCCCCAGAAGGAUUUCCUGGUCAUGUUGAUGGGAAGGUUCGAGAGGCAAGGAUGAACCAUCCAAAGGGAUUUACACUGGAUGACUGGGGUAACAUCUAUGUGGCUGAUGCCAUGAACAUGGCCAUUAGAAAGAUCAGUGAUACAGACUUAUCUGCAUUUUUAGAGCUGUUUUCAGCGUCAUUCAGUGCUUACCCAGCAGGCGGCUCUGGAAACAUACCUGGUGGCUCUGUUCAAGGAAACAAAACUGUGAGAGGGCUUAGGUUCUCUGCUAUCCUAUCCUAGGAUAUUAAGGAUCCAAACGAUACUAUGAAAAUUAACUGUGUAAAUGAUGUACUCUCCUGGUUUGAUGAUGCUUGUAAAAACUUGAGUUAUGGACUUGUGGUUGGUGAGGAUGCAAUUUAUCCAUGUCGUUAGCACUGGUAGCUUACUAGUAAUAAUAAUUUGUGUUAGACAAUGUGAUGUAAAAUUGUGGAUUGUUAUAAUCUCUGGGCUCACCUUCGAGUGGGUUGUAUGUA